AUGAAUGGACAGUCCCCGUAUCAAAAUGGGAAUAAUGGACAAAACGGCCCUCCCAACGGAUUGAAUGGACAGGCUCCAUAUCAAAAUGGAAAUAAUGGACAAUAUGUUCCUUCUAAUGGUAUACAAGGCCCCGCGCAAUACCAAAAUGGAAAUAAUGUACAGGGCCCAUACCAAAAUGGAAACAAUGGACAGGGUCCAUAUCAAAAUGGAAAUUAUGGACAGAGCCCAUAUCAAAAUGGAAAUAACGGUCAGUUUGGUCCUCCCAACGGUAUAAAUGGACAGAUUCCGUAUCAGAACGGUGAUAAUGGGCAAUUUGGUCCGUCUAAUGGUAUACAAGGCCCACCUACAUACCAACAAACAAGUAACGGCCAGCCGCCAUACCAAAAUGGAAAUAACGGACAAUUUGGCCCUACAAAUGGCCAGCCUCCUUACCAAAAUGGGAAUAAUGGGCCAUAUACACCUCCUAACAUAGGUCCUCCUAAUGGUGUACAAGGACCUGCACCGUACCAAAAUCCGAAUAAUGGCCAGGCACUAUACCAGAAUGGCAAUAACGGACAAUUGGCCUCUUCUAAUGGCUUAAAUGGCCAAGCGCCUUACCAAAACGGCAAUAACGGACAGUAUGGGCAAUCCAAUGCUGGUCCUGGGCAGUCACCAUACCAACAAGGCAGCAACGGUCCGGCGCCCUAUCAAAAUGGGAAUUUCAAUCAAUCCCCUGCUAAUAUGAAUCAAAAUCCUUCCCAGAAUGGAAACAAUGGUCAAUACGUGCCUCCUAAUGGCGGACCAGGACAACCCCAGCCCCCAUACCUCCCGGGAGCCAACAUCCAAACUCCAUACCAAAAUGGCAACAACGGGGAGUAUCCUCCAUCUAACACCAUGCAGGGUCCGUCUCAAAAUCAACAGCCGGGUACUUAUCCAGGGUCCUUUAGUGGUCUGUACAGUCAACCUAGGCCAUUGCCCACAAAUCAGGGAAGUCAGACUCCAGUUGCCUCGAAUAAACCGACCCCUAAUAACACGCAAAAUAGCCAAGGUCCUCCUCAAUACUAUGAUCCUCGGAGUCAGCAGAGCUAUAUCCCGAGCCCGAAGAGACAGUUUUAUAACCCUGACACCGGACUACACUUUGAUCCAGAGACAAGGGAAUACUAUACCAAGAAUGUAGUUACAGUGUCAUGA